GCAGCCCUCGCUCUGAGGGCCGGGCCAUGGCGGCGGAGCUCCGAGCGCUCCCACACCCCGCCGGCCCCGCUCGCCGCUCUCCCGGCCCCGCGGGCAGCGGUUCCGGCUCGGGCUGAGGGCGUCACUUCCCGGGGCGGAGCUGGCGGCUCCGGGUGUCUGCAAACAGAAGUGAACUGACAACUCUGGUACUUUUUAAUUCCAAACGAGAUGAAGAUCCCCUCCUUGCUGCUGAGAUUCCCUCAUUGUUAUUUCUCCAGAAAAACUUACCUGGUGAACUUUGGCCUCCCUUCCCGAGCAGAUUUCCUGGGCGUUGAGCCUCUCGGGCCAGCACACGGCUGUCACACAAAAUGGAUUUGUUCCUCGGGUGGUUUGAGGAGAGAGCUGUGGCAGCAGGCAGCCCCCGAGCCCCGAGUGGAGACACUUUCUGACCGGGAGCAGAGACUCGUGGACAGGCUGUACCAGGGGCUAAUCCAGGGUCAGAGAGCCUGUUUGGCCGAAGCCAUCACACUGAUAGAAUCGACUCAGAGCAGGAAGAAGAAAGUAGCCCAGGUGCUCCUGCAGAAGGUCCUGUCCUACCACAGGGAACAAGAAAAGUUAAAUCAAGGGAAGCCGCUUGCCUUCAGAGUGGGAUUGUCUGGUCCUCCUGGUGCUGGAAAAUCGACCUUCAUAGAAUGCUUAGGGAAAAUGCUUACGGAAAGAAAACACAAAGUGUCUGUGUUGGCUGUAGACCCUUCCUCUAGCACCAGUGGUGGUUCCCUCCUGGGUGAUAAAACGCGGAUGACGGAGCUGUCCAGAGACAUGAAUGCGUACAUCAGGCCCUCUCCAACCAGUGGGACCCUGGGAGGUGUCACCAGGACCACCAAUGAGGCCAUUCUGCUCUGUGAGGGAGGAGGCUACGAUGUUGUUCUCGUGGAAACAGUAGGUGUGGGCCAGUCAGAAUUUGCUGUGGCUGAUAUGGUUGAUAUGUUCGUAUUACUGCUACCACCUGCAGGUGGAGAUGAAUUACAGGGCAUCAAGCGGGGCAUCAUUGAGGUGGCAGAUCUGGUUGCUAUCAAUAAGGCCGAUGGGGAUUUGGUUGUGCCUGCGCGCAGAAUCCAGGCCGAGUACGUCAGUGCCAUGAAGCUGCUUCGCAAGCGUUCCAAGGUUUGGAGGCCAAAGGUGCUGCGUGUCUCUGCCAGGACCGGGGAGGGCAUCUCGGCCAUGUGGGACACGAUGAGCGAGUUCCGCGAGCUGGCGCUGGGCAGCGGGGAGCUGCUGGCCCGGCGCCGCCGGCAGCAGCACGUGUGGAUGUGGAACCUCAUCCACGAGAACAUGCUGGAGCACUUCCGCAGCCACCCGGCAGUCAGGGACAAGAUCCCGCUGCUGGAAGAGCAGGUCCUUAGAGGAGUCCUGUCUCCUGGGCUGGCAGCAGACCUGCUGCUGAAGGCAUUCAAAGAUGGUCUCUGAGCGCUGUUUGCUACUCUGCUCUUGAUAAGUGCUUUAUGUACACGUGGACAUUAAAUACACUUUUUCUGUGUGUGGAUUCGGGUGUUUUACUGCAGCAGACAGCAACAGAGUCCAGGACUCUGCAAUGGAAUUCUGAUGCAUUCUGUGUAUGCAGCGAUCGUGACAAAUCCAAACACUCACUAAGAGAUUACUAUGCACUGUAUUGAAAAACAUUUUCCGAAUCUUCUAUUUGUACGUGCCAUAGAUCUGCUGAUAAAAACUGGAUGCCCAUGUAAAAUGAUUUGGUUUGGGAGGGUGGGAGAGCGAGGUUUGUGUGGUGCAGGGAUUGAUUCUGGUUGUGGGGUCAUCUCAGAGCAGUUGGUACUGCAGCUUUCCAUUCUCAUACAGCAGCAGCUGUUGCAGAAUGGAUUGCAUUUUCCUGCCUCACCUUGAGUGGCAGCAAGAGCGUUGGACUGCCUGACAGCACCAGACCACAGCCUUAGUUUUAAAUAAAUUGUCUGUAUAUAAAUAGAGCAUAGUGGUGUUUGGUCCCUCUUUGGAAGCUGUAGUUAGUUAUUACACACUGUACAGUAGGAGAAGGGAAUUUUAACCAUCCUGGUUUCAAAAUAGAUGUUUUAUUAAAAAACAAAAUGUAGCUAGAUUUUUUUUUACAUGCGGACAUCAGAUGGAACAAAUGUUACCCGUGAUGUUUUAAUCACAAAUGUCUAUAUACUAGAAUAAUUUAUCUCUAAAAAUAAUGUUUCGUUGUUUUCUCAUCUGACUUGUGUUUUUUGGAUUUGAACAAGAUGGGCAGGUGUGUUUGGUAUUUUUUCUUUAUCUCUUGCAGAAGACAGAACUAUUUCCAACCAAAAGCACUUUUAUUUUUUAUUUUCCCUUGAGAAAAAUCUGGAGGAAAUGUUUUCCUGAUCCCUGAUCUAGGAAGCAGAGCUCAUGUGGUACCCACUAAAUGUGAAGGAAAAAGUGGACACAAGUGCUGAUCUUUGGAGACCUGACAGUAAAACCAGUAAAAAAGGAGAAUUUGUGAGCCUGUUGGUGCUUGGAAAAAUAAUUUUUAAAUGAAUAUAUCGGACGUGAUGAUUUUCACAGUCUUGAUUUUCUGGACAUGUACAUAGAAGGUAUGGUGACUUCAGCUCAAUUUCACCUUGUUGGCUUCUGGCAACCCAGUUCCAGUAUAGCAGUGAAUUAGGUUACUUCAAUCCUCUUUUUACCUUCAUGGUGUCUGUUUUCGUUGGGUUUUUUUUCCCCUCAGUAUAUUUUUUCUCCUCUUUCCCCUUGUCCCGGUUGUUGUAUCUCAUUCCCAGAUCUUGCCUGCUUCAGCUGGUUAGCUACAACUCUGUAAACAAUCCACUGUGUCCCAAGACAGGGAAGAACGUUUCCAGCUCAUCAGUUUUAGCUCUGUGGGAUUAACUUGGCUAAAAUACAUUAAAAUAUUGUUAUUCAAGUAAACAGGCUUCUGAAAAAAGAUAGUAAACAAAUCUGUUGAGUAGGAUGUUGACAUAUUCUUAGUUUCUGGAGUUGUCAGGCUGCUCUCAUGUUAACACUUAAACCCACAGCUAUUGCAGAAUACCCUGGGAAAAUAAUAAACUUCAUGAGAAGCCAACAGCAAGAUGAAGUUUGUAGCUGGAGGUAUGACAAACUGUUAGACAAGCGAGUGUGGGAGGUAAGGAAUAAACUGUUUGGAUACACAAAGUCAUUUCCUCCAAAGCCUUGCAGUUGUCUGUAAGUGUGAAACUUUUCCCCAGGUCCCUGUGUAAUAGAUGUUCUGGUGUUUCACAGCUGGAAAAAACAAGUGUGGUGAGAUCAAGUGAUUUACCCAGGACUCUGAAACAGGUCAGAGAGUGGAAGGGUUGCAGUUCAGUAGUCUUUACUCUGAGCCCCACGUAUAUUUACAGCCACGUUACUUAAGGUUGAAAAAAUGCUCUUAGCAAGUUCAUGCUCUUAGUGUGACUUAUUCCUUUCAUAUCUAAUCUCCCUGUUUGCAGUGACAGGACCCAGUGACCCCUUCCUGACUACUGUUCUGUUGUAAUGUCCUGCUUUAAGUAAUAAAAAACUUUCCUUUGAUA